UGAUUGUCUUUUCUGGGAUAAAGACUGACUUUUACGACGGUCUAUUGAGAUAAAAAUAAUAAUCAAUUAAUGGUAUAGUUUUAUAAUCAGAGGAAUAUCCAAAUGGCGUAUUUGCAUAACAAUUGUUUCACCGAUAGCGCCGUAUCAUGAGAAGAAAACGGGAAAUGUUGGUGAUAAUUCAGUGUAGGAGGAACUGCUACUCGCUUGUUCAUAUAUCUAUUUUCGGUGAACAGUCAGUCAUAUAAUAUACAGCCAGAACGUAUUCCAAGAUGCGUGUCUCAUUUCUCGUUUUUGUUUGCGUUUCUGUCUUCGUAGAUGUAGCGAUCGCAGCGUGCAUCACCAGCAAAUAUGAGAACGGAUUUAACGAGCGUCUAAAAUGUACCAAUGUCACGUUAAGUACCGCCAUUUUGUACGGCGGUUCGGUCGUGGAUGACAUCAUGAUUUACAAGUCGUGGAUAAGAAAUAUAUCCGAUCGGUCGUUUUUGCGAUACGGCAAGAGUCUGAUCUCUCUAAAUAUGCACGACUGCGGUAUCAAGGAAAUUUCCAGCUACGCGUUCAGCGGGCUGCUACAUUUGAAGAAGCUCAGCCUGCCGUACAAUUAUAUCACGACGGUGAAAGACCAGUGGUUCGUCGAUCUGACGUCUCUGGAGCAAUUGGAUCUAUCGUACAAUCUCAUUACGUCGAUCGAGCCGACAAUAUUUGAGAAGCUGCGAGGCCUCAAACGACUCGACGUCACGGAGAACCGUUUGACAUGUCUGGAACCGGCCCAGCUCGCACCGAUGGCUGGUCUCGAGAAGUUUCGCUUUUCCGGAAAUCCUCUUACGUAUCGCUGUCGCGGCACGUUGACACUGUGGUUGCACGAUUUGGGUAUAAAUUACAAAGCACUCGAGCAACUCGGAAAGGAAACUUGGUUGGAUAGCAUAUUGUGGCUCUGCGCCGCGGACGACGUCAAAGUAGCCGAUUCUGAAAUCCUGAUGAAGGAAUGCGUCGUCCUGAAUCUGUUUAAUCAACUUCGUACCGGCUUGAUGACGGCCGAGUCUUUUCCCCUGUCUGUCCCUCAGGAUUGCGUAAACAUGAGGAAUGAACUCACGAAAUGUGUCGCUGCGAAUCGUAGAAAUGGCAGGGAGGUUAUUACCAAUGGACACGUGAUAAGAAAACUGUUGAGACAGUUGAAAGAAUCGAAAUCGACCGAUUAGUGCAACAAACAUAUUGUACGUUAAUCUAGAAAGGUCAUGAUUCUAAAAAAUGAAUCUAAAAAAUUAAUAAUCGCCUACGAUUAAAGCUCGCUUCGCAUAAAAAAUAUCUAAAACGUCUAAAGUGAAUAUCUUUCUGUUUUUACUGAACUUCUUACUUUCUACAUAUGUAAAUAAAUAUUUCACAAAAAGCA